AUGUCUUGCACUGGAAAGAGCCUGCUCUUCAUUUUUGUGGCCUCGAUAGUGCUAGCUCACUUCUGCAGCCAGUCAGAAGCAGCAAGCAACUUUGACUGCUGCCUUCGGUACACAAAGCACAUUUACCCUUCCAAAAUUUUUGUGCGAUUCACGAAACAGCUGGCGGAUGAAGCUUGUGACAUUGAUGCUAUCAUCCUUUACACAAAAAGGAAAGGAUCCGUGUGUGCUGAUCCGAAGCAGGACUGGGUGAAAAAGACCAUGCGCUACCUCAGCCUAAAAGCUAAGAACAAGAAGAAGGUGUAAAAAUGGAUGCAUUUCUGGGAUGAAAUUGGACACAGCCCAAGGACGAAAUGCUCACAGCUGGGGCUGGAGGCUUUCCCUACACAU